AUGAACGCGCUCACCGUCUUGCCCGACUUUGACAUCUCCAAUCACGCCCACAUCCUGCCGUCGCUCGAGCGCGCCCGCAUUUCCACCUCCGAUGUGCUCACCCUGGACGCGCUCCAGGUCGCCAGGCGCGCUCAUGUUCCGCCCGGCGAGGUGAAGAAACUGGCGGAUGCGUUGGUGGACGCUUUGCACGUGGAUACCACAUCAGCACGUGCUUCACAACGCGGCGAUGGCGAGCGUGGCAUGAUUCCCACCUUGCACGACCAUCUGGACACAGUGCUCGGAGGCGGCAUCGCUCGCGGCCACUUGACCGAGAUUGUCGGUGAGAGCGCUGCGGGCAAAACACAGUUUCUCUUGACUUUGCUCCUGGCAGUACAGAUGUCUGUGACGACGCCUGAUUCGACACCCCGCCACGGCACGGCAGCUCUUUACAUCUCCACAGAAGCCCCGCUGCAGACGACCCGACUGACGCAGAUAUUGACGAAUCAUCCCAAACUAGUCGCCUUGCCGCCCGCAGAACGGCCUUCCCUCAGCAACGUCCACAGCACCCAUCUUCACGACCUGGAAGCACAGGAGCACAUCCUGCGAUAUCAGGUUCCCGUCGCCAUCGAGAAGCACAAUGUUGGCCUCCUUGUCGUCGAUUCCGUCGCGGCUAACUACCGCGCUGAAUUCGACAGAGGCGGCCCGGGCAGAAAGGGCUCUGAAGCACGCGCAAAGCGCAGUGCACAACUGGCCAAGACCGCCUCGUUGUUAAGAUCGCUCGCUCAGAAGUAUGAUAUUGCAGUGGUAGUCGCUAAUCAGGUCGCCGAUCGAUUCUCAAGCACAGAGCCAGCGCUCGCACUUCCCCCUCAAUCAACGCAAAGCACACGACCAGGAUCGCCACUCCCGCCAUUUGCACCGACUCAACAACGCUCGCACCCCAACUCCGCUGGCUUGCUGUCCCACGAUGAUCCUCUUGCUCUCGAUCAUCAGCAAAGAUUCUUCACUGGCUGGGGAGACGACCCAUCUGUGACCAGUCUGAAGACGCCAAGCCUGGGUCUGACCUGGACUAACCAGCUCUCUGCACGCAUUGCUCUUCUGAAGCACCCCAUCUACGAAACCAAGCCUUAUGCUCCUGGAGAUGAGCGCAAUCUAAUUGGUUGGAACCGCGCCAUGAAAGUCGUAUUUGGCGCUUGGUGCGCAGAAAGCACCACCACAUUCGAGAUCUGGGAAGGCGGGAUCAGGACUUCCACGGCUGCGCAUGCAGACGCUCUCAUUCCGACCUGA